AUGAUUCAAAGGUUCUAUAAACUAUGGAGUUACAGAAAUGGUGACUUCCAUAAGGCUAUCAAGAAGGCCUUCCACAAGUCGGAGUCCAAGAAGGAGUUCAGCGUCGUGACCAACCUGUCCACCAUGGCGGUGUGCGCCACGUCGCCGCUGCUGCCCACCGCCGUGUCCUCGCAGGACCUCAAGCCCCACCAGGUGGUCGUGCCGCACGUCCAGGUCACGGAGGUCAAGGUGCCGGACUGCUACGAAGACCCCGAGGACGCCCUUAGCAGACUGCCGCCGUCGCCGCCGCCUCCGCUGCCUGCAGAGGAAGCCGCAUCCUCCACCAAGUCCUCCAAGAAAUCCUCCAAGUCAGCCUCCGCCUCCGGGUCGUCCUCCUCCACCAGCGCGAAAAGCCCCACCUCGCCCUCGGCGGCGACUCCUGCCCCAAGCUCCUCGGCGGCGGAGGGGGCGGCGCCGCCCGAGGAAGCCGCGAAGGAGGCGCCGACGGACAGCAAGACCAAUGGCACGGCGAAGACGAUCGUGUCUUCGAGUAAACUCCCUUUCUCGAGUACCAAAAAGAGAAAGUAAAAUGUUUUCUUUUCUACUCUCAACACUAGUUUAGUCAGGGAUUCAGAAGAAUAUUCUCAUGGGCUGCCUCGCCAGGGCCCGCCCCGCUGCCUCCCAGCGGCGGCCAGCAGAGCGGACGUCGCGCCGCUCCCCGGAUUUCCUACCGCGACCCGACACUUUCUCGUGAUAAUAUGACAGGAAGAGAAGUGCCAGCAGCCCCCCCCCCCCUAUGUCGUGCAUGCGACUUACGACUCGGACGAAGGGACAGCCUCAUCCCUGAUAUCCUCAUAGGACAUGAUAUAUAUAUAUACACACUUUAACUUAAGUUCGUUCUUCUCUAUAGUGGUGUUUAUACAAUCUUUUUUCCUUGUUAUUUUUGGACUUGCCUCAUCGGAGUUUAUGUCGUUAUGUCUAAGUCUCUUUGGCAUGAGUUUUGGAUAUUAUUGUAUUUUCCAUAAUAUAUAUAUCCCUUGAGAUAAAUAAUAUUUAUGAUAUACCGACUAUACAUUAUGUAUGUAUGAAAAAGUAAGGAUGCCUCCUUUUAAAACAGUUGAAUCUGUAAUGUCACGCAUUUCCAACGUCUAUAAUAAGGGAAUUCUAUGUAAAAAAAAAUAUUUUUUGGAAAUAUUAACUGCAUAAAGAACGUCGACAUUAUGCGAACCAACACAAUGGUCACCAAACGUUUAUUUAGAUUAUAAUAGUCAGCGCGUUACUGUGCCUGGCCGUUUUCUCUGGAAGGUUUGGGACUUACCCAUUUUCUCAAAUAAGCUUCUCCAUUUUCUAAUUCCGAGCUAAAACUCCUCGUCAUGUCGAAGUUAUUUACCGGUUCACGACCAGGCGUAUUCUACUAACUUCGUAUCUCAGCCUCGUUGUAAAUAGGAAUGAAGACCGUUAUAUGUUUGUCAGAAUAUAUUUAACUCCGCAUAGCUAUAUAUCUAUAGGUUAUAAAACAUGUGACCAAAUACAUCCGACUGGUUGAUGCUCUAGUCCACGCGGUACUAACUCUCAUUUCCUUUAUUAACUUUCUGGAUAUUUUAUAUGUAUACAGAUAUAUAUAUAUAUUUACUCUUAAGAAUGUGAAUAUAAUAGAAGCAAUACCGUGUCUUCAAGAAAGGUUUUAAAAAGUGAAAGAAAUUCUCCCUCAAAUCCUUUUGGUCAGCGCAUGGUCAGUCAGUUCUGUUUUGUUUUUCUUUUUCCUUUCCUUUCUUUAAGGAUAUAAAAAUAAUCUACUUAUUUUCUAUUUGGUCGUUGUUUUUCUCUCUCUUUCCUUUUAGUAUUGCUUGUUUAGAGCCUUUUGUUUGUAAUCGGGAUCUGCACAUUUUACCGAAACUGAAAUUUAGACUGAAAAUAUCGAAUUUUGCGCAUCGUAUCCCCCAAACACGACGUAUACUUGUUAUGAACCCUCUCCCUACACGGCCAAACACACGGCUGAUUCGAAACCCCAAUCCUUAGACAACUUCACGCGUGUAUAUCUCCCCAACAUUAAACAAUACUUGACUCCUAAGGUUUGUGGCUUGUUACUUCACUCUUCGGAAAGCAGAGGACUCACUUCGAAUUGGUUGUUUGGGCAGAGGAAGCCAUUGUGUUCUGCUAUUGACAGUUUGUACAGUUUGUGGUAAUGAAUAUGGUAUUUAGUGUAUGCUGCGUUGGCAAAGCUUGUGUGAUAAAAAAAGGAUGUAAUUUGUGAAAGAAAAAGAGAAAUGUUUAAGUGAGACACAAAGAAUUUACAAAAGAGAUCCUUGUUUCUGAAGAAUACUCUAGAAAUCACUAAUACGAACCAUAUACUUAGAAAAAAGUGUUCUGGAAAAAAAACCCGAAGUGAUAUUACCUACAAGUAGCGAGUCACACUGUUAUCACUUCACUCACCUCACCUUUGGCCUUAUAUACGGCGCAGACAUGAAAUUUCUUCAUCGGAAAAUAUAUUUCAUCGAUGAAAAGGAAA